GACCAUCAGCUUGGCUUGCACAGCGCUACUGGACUCGGUCAAACAGCGCUUGUUCUACCUGCCGCUUAAUCCUCAUGUUCUUAUGAUAUUAGCUGACAUCAAUGAGUAUUCAUAAGGUCAUAGAGGCGCGAUAGUGCCCACCCACUUUGGGUGAAAGAAGCUCUUCGCUCACUCAGCAGCUUACUUGAAGCCGCGGACGUCAGAAAUAGUUUGUAGCAAGGACCUAUGGGCUGCCUUUGCUUUGGUGGUGGGGAUAACCUCGAUGACCUAGCAGCGCCGCUUGACCCAGCGGUGCCUAAACCUGGGACAGCCCCACACACAAAAGGGAAGACCAGCAAAGGCAAGAACUUCGAGAAGCAGCAGGCUCAGGCGCAGGCACCGGGCCGGAAUGCAGCAGCGGGCAACGGCGUGCAGACGCCGCUGGCAGCGAGCGCAGGCCUGGCCGCUGCUCGGCCCACGUCGAAUGAGCAAGCCGCUUACGGACAGCAGCAGAACCAGCAGCAGCGCCCCGGUGGCGGCCCUAAUCCGCAGUUCACUGACCUGAGGGCAGCGGCACCGCAGCCCGGGGGUUUGCCCUACGGAGGCGCAGCAGCUGCCGCUGCAGCGGCGGCGGCAGCUGAGGACGAAGCUCUGGAGGCCGCCGAGGCCGCCGCUGCUGCUGCCGCCGCCGCCGGCGGGGCGAGGGCUGACCGGGGGCGUCGCAGCGCGGGCGGAGCGGUGCAACGGCCGACCAUUGAGAUACCUGGCUCGCCGCCAGGGCCGCCGCCGCCACCUCCAAAGGCCGCGCAGUGGGACAUCACGCCCGCGGCGCCGGAGCCAGAGCAGGCUGACCUUGACGACAUCCAGGUGGACAUGGAAGAGGUGCAGGAGCUCAGCCCCAUCCCCUCCGCCUCAGCCACAGCCACGCCCCGUUCCCCCGGCGCCGGCGCCGGCACCAGCCCCGGCGGCGGCGGCUACAGCGGCCGUGUGGGCGGCAGCUUCCAGCCCAGUCCUUCAAACUUGGGGCCGGGCCGGGUGUCGGGCGCGGGCGGCGGCGCGGCGGCGGGCGCGGCGGGGGCGGUUGGGAGCAGCCCUCCAGGCGGGUCGCCCACGGCGCUGAUCUACUCGCAGCGACAACAGCAGGGUGAUGGGCCGUUUGACGAAGGGUCGGCGCGCGGGCGGCAGUCGCAUGACGACGGCGGCGGUCGGCAGCAGCAGCAGCAGCAACAGAGGCAACAACAGAGGCAGCAGAGGCAGCAGCAGUAUGAGGACGAGGAGCCGGAUGAGUUGGAGGAGGAGGAGCUGGAGGAAGAGGAGCGGGCCCACCAGCCGCCGCCGCCGCCGCACAAGGCCACAGCGGCGACGGGGGCAGCAGCAGCAGCAGCGAGGCGCCCGCGGGCGGGCUACGAAGAGGGCGAGGAGGAAGAGGAGGAAGAGGAGGAGGGGCAGCAGCGGGCGCGGUUGGACGCGGGCCCUGUCGCGGGCGUAGCCGCUGCGGGCACGGCGGCGGCGCCCCGGCGUGGGACGCGCGAGGGUCCCGGCAAUGACCACGACUACGCACACGGCCUCCACGGCCACCAGCAGCAGCAGCACCAGGACCAGCACCAGGACCAGGACCAGCACCAGGACCAGCACCAGGACCAGGACCGGGACCGGGACCAGGAGCAUGUGGGUGGCUCGCCUCAGAGCGGCGACGGCGACGCUGCGGCGCUGACCGCGGGCCACGUGCCGCCGCGCCGCACCGCGCCGGGCCCCUUCGCGCCCGCGCGGCCGUCGCCGCUGGGCAACGGCGCGCGGCGGCAUCAGUCCAACAAGCUGGCCCGGCAGCACAGCGGCGCGUCGGACGACUCGGACCUGUCGCUGCCGGGCGAGUACGAGCGCUACGGCGGCGGCAGCAGCGAGGAGGAUGAGGCGGCGGACCGGGAGUACGAGCAGGCCAUCACCGCGGCGGGUGGGACGGUUGUGGUGCCGCGGCCCGGCGCGCCCGUGCCGUCGGCGCCUCCCCCCGGCGUCAACAAGCCGACCAGUCCUGCGGGCUACGAGAACCCCAUCUGGCACGAGCCGGAGCACGUGGACGACGAGCACGGCUCACCGGAGGAGGCGGCCAAGAGGGCCAUGACCAGCACCGCGGCGGCGGCAGCCGCCGCUGCCGCCGCCAAGCGCUCUGCCGGCGGCGCAUCUGCUGGCCUUGCAGGCAGCUUUGAUGACGAUGAUGAUGAUGAUGACAGCGACAACGACGCGGACACAGAGGAUGACGAGGACGGCGCCGGCGGCGGGCGGGCGGGGGCGCGCGUGCCGGGCGCGGGCGCGGCGGCGGUGGCGGCGGCGGUGGUGGGCGCCCUGGCGGACUUGGAGGUGGACGGCGGGCAGGAGGCCAACACGCGCUGGGGGCCGGGCCGCGGCAGCGGCGGCGGCGGCGACUCGGACGGGGAUGAGAGCACGGCGGUGUCAACGCCGCCACGGAGCAAGGCACCCAUCCAGUGGACAGGUGUGUACGACGGGCCGGCGGGCGGCCACGCGCCUGCCGCGAACGCGGCCGCCACACCGGGCUCCGUCCAGCCUAUGACCACACUGGCGCAGGCCGCAGCGGCGGCGGCCGCCGCCUCGGCCUCCGCAACAGCGGCAUCGGCGGCGGCGGCGGAGCGGCAGGACUCGGCGGAGGCACACUCGCCAGCAGCGACGGCCGCCGCCGCCGCCGCGGCCGCGGCUGCCGCCGCCAUGGCUGCUGACGAGGACGCUGGCGGCCUUGACGGCAGCCGCCGCGGUGGCCGCACCUCCUCGUCAGGCGGCGAGGCGGGCACGGGCACAGGCUCUGCCACUGUUACGGGCAUGGGUACUGGCAUGGGCAUGGGCAUGGGCACGGCCCGCGGCGCGGUGUGUGACGCCAUGGCGGUGGUGGCGUCCGCGCACCCGGCGGUGGUGAAGCAGCUGGAGGAGGUGACGGCGCCGCCGGAGCUGACGGCCGUGGACCAGGCCUCAGCCUACGCGAUGCCACCGCCUGGGGCGGGAGGGCCAGCGACGCCGCUUGCGGCCACAUCCGCAGCGGCCACGGCGGCGGCGGCGGCCACGGCGGCGGCGGCGAUGACGGCGGCAUCCAUGGGGCGCGCCGGGUCCACCAGUGGCGACAUCAACCCGCCGUCGGCGUCUACGUCGAGCGCCAGCAACGCGGUGGCGGGGCACAGCGGCUCAGGGGUGGCGGGGGCGGGGGCGGGGGUGGGCUCGGGCUCGCAGCGGGCGGGGUCCGCCGCCUCGUCAACUACCGGGACCACACGCCCUGGCUUCACGACGCUGGGCAAGGCGGCCGCGGGCAAGUCAAUCCCACAGCCCAAGACGCCGACCGGCUCCGGGGCAACCACGGCGGCCACCGCGGCCACGGCGGCGGCGGCGGCGGCGGGCGCCUCCGCCGCCUCUUCGUCGGACCGGCUUCACCGCUCCUCCAACACGCCCUCCACGCCCUCCAACAUCCCGCACUUCAUGCUGCCCACGCGCGCCGCCACCGCGCACCGCCGCUCUAGCGAGGAGGGCACCGGCGACGUGCCGGCCUCCUACGGCGUGGCGCCCUCCGGCCGUAGCCAGACCACAACCACAACAGCCGCCGCCGCCAGCCCCGCCACGGCCACCAAGCCCGCCGCUGCGGCCAAGGCGGGCGCCCCCUCUCCGGCCUCCGCCUCGCGACCCGGCUUCUCCACGCUUGGGCGCAGCGCGUCAGGCGCCGCACGUGGGGCCGGCGCCUCCAGCGGCGCGUCAACGCCGGUGGCCGCGGCGGCGUCGGCGUCCACACCGCCGCCGCCCAAGCCACCCGUCCCGGCCUUCUCCAGGACGCCCUCAACUGCAGGCAAGCCCGCCGCCACCACCACAGCGACGACGCCUAGCACCGCCACCAAGCCCAGCACCGCGGCGGCCGCCGCCAAGUCCGCGGCCACGCCAUCCGCGAACGGCAACACACACUCGGCGACCAAGCCGGCAACCAAGCCGGCUGUGCCCAAGGCCUCGCCCAUCACCUCACCCAAGGCCGGCGCGGCGCCCAAGACCGCGGCCGCCUCCGCCCUGGCCGCUGGCAAGCCCGCAACGCCCACCCCCGCGGCUGCCCCUGUGGUGCCCCCUGCACCAUCGCCCGCGCCGGCCGCAUCCGCACCCGCGUCAGCAGAGCCCAUGGCGCAAAGCCCUGCUCCGACCCCUGCCCCUGCGCCAGCCUCGCAGCCGGCUCCACCGCCUCCCGCACCUGCUGCCUCCACGCCCGAGCGACAGCCUUCCGCCGCCACGCCUGUGCCAGAGCGCCAAGCCUCCUCCGCAGCCACGCCGCCGCCCGAGCCCUCGGACAACGACGGCUGCCGGCAGUCGCCCGCCCACGCGGCCUCCUCCUCCUCGGGCCUCAGCGGCGGCAAAGACGGCGCGCCGGCGCCGGCCACCCCCGGUGCCGCCGCCGCCGCUGCUGCGGGCGCAGCCGCAGGCGCAGGAGCAGGCGGCGGCGGUGGCGGCGGAGCGGGUGGUCUGCCGUACGGGGAGUGGCGCAUGGUUCGGCUCAAGAAGGAGAUGCGCUGCUGCGCCUGCGACGGCACACGUGCGCAGGAGACCCACGACGGCCAGCUGGAGGUGUUCCAGUGCGAGGAGGUGUUGCCGCCCGGCGCGCUGGCGGCGGUGGUCAGCCACAGCCUGUUCCCGCCCGCCGGCGGCGAGCCCGCGCCCAAGACUUGGGUGUUCUGCCCCGACCCGCUGUGCAUGGAGAGCGCGCCCGAGGGCUCCGACCUGCCGCACUGGCCCGCCAAGGUCAUCCUGGCCGGCGGCGUCAAGGUGACACGUGCCGAGUACGACCACCUGAGAGGGCUGGGGCUGGACGUCACGCUGGCGAGCAAGACGGCAGCGGCGGGGGCGGCCAAGGCGUGAGCCGCAGCAGCUGCAGCUGCAGCUGCGGAGGGGGAGGAGGAGGCGGGAGGGAGGAGCAGGGGGAGGGAAACCGCAGGGAGCCACAGUGGAUUGUUAUACGGGUGGGUGGUGACGGCGGUGGUGCGGUAACUUCAAUGCGGAAAUGGGCUGUGAUUACGGUAUGGUAGUAAAUACUUGCAAUUCAUGCGCGCGCACCUUUCGACCGCGCGCGCCUCGUGCACUCAUGUCGUUCGACACUCCAGAAACUGUGUGACUUGGCGAUAGUAGCGAGCAGUUAAUUUCACUGCUAUAGCAACAGUGCUGGCCUGUUUGCGACACACGCCAUGUGGCUAGGCGCCCUUGGACCGACGACUGUAGCUUGGGGGCUCGGAAGACUUUGAACGCCCAGGUUUUGGCCCCGGCAAACAUGGUGUGGAAGGGGAAGUGUGAUUGCCCUUCCUGUGUUCCUGGGUUGCUGAGAAGGUAGGGACGUAGGGUCAGUGCCACUGGACAGGGUACGGGGCCUGGAGAAGGUCAGGAGUAUGAAUGCCACGAGGCUGUGGGGGUUGCCCGGGGGCACCCCUAGGGGCUAGGGGUGUCAAUUCAGAGGAGGCACAACCAGUGCAAGCGCUCAAAGCCCGCGUUGUCAAUGUAGCAAAACUUAGACUCUAGUUGAAUUUCAGGAUGUGCCAUUGUGCAUGUGCAGAACUGGUGCAUUCCUGCACCCGCACGAGUAGUCCUCCAAU